CCGCGAAACGGCAGGCCGGUUUCGGAAUUGCGCCAAUCACAGAGAGAGAGAGCCCCCCGCUAGACACAAAAUGGAGCGCCUCUCGAACUCCUUCGCCGUGCUGGGGCUGGACGCCGUCGACGACCACCUCGACGGCGGUUCCUCCGCAGCUCCUUGCGCCGCGCACGAGAAGAACAGCGGUUCAGCUAAGAAGAAUAAAAAGGCCAACGGUUCUGCUAAUGGUGUGCCAAUGAAGAACGACAAACCAGAUGGGGGAAGUUCAGUGAUUCCUCCUGCGUACAAGAUGCCUCUUGUGUGGAUUGACUUGGAAAUGACUGGUUUAAAUGUGGAAUUUGAUAGGAUUCUAGAAAUUGCUUGUAUAAUAACAGAUGGAAGUUUGACCAAUUCUAUCGAGGGUCCUGAUUUAGUCAUCCAUCAAAGUAAAGAAUGCCUGGAUAGUAUGGGAGAAUGGUGUCGAGAUCAUCAUGCGGCUAGUGGAUUGACAAAAAGGGUCCUUCAUAGUACGAUAACAGAGAGAGAAGCUGAAAUGCAGGUUAUAGAAUUUGUGAAGAAAAAUGUGGGAAGUCAUACACCCCAUUUAGCUGGCAAUUCUGUUUAUGUUGAUCUUCUCUUUUUAAAGAAGUACAUGCCCAAUUUGGCUGGCCUUUUUUCCCAUGUACUCGUUGAUGUGAGUAGCGUCAAGGCUCUGUGUAUCCGAUGGUAUCCUGGAGACUCCAGGAAAGCCCCUUCGAAAGAAAACAAACACAGAGCAAUGGAUGACAUCAGGGAAAGCAUCUCGGAGCUGAAAUACUACAAGGAAAGUAUAUUUAAGGCAUCCAGGUCCAGAAAAUGACGCAAUUGAUGUCUGCACUAUGCAGAGUGCUUCAUCUAGAGGUGUGAUUUCUAAGUACCUCCUGGAUGACUUUCAUCAUUGAAUAGCACAUCCUCUUUGUGAUUGGCGCCACUGUCUUUCUUCACGGUUUUUUUAAAUCAAUGCUUUGACUGCAAUAUUAGGUAUGAUCCAGUCAUUUGCCAUGUAAGCCAAUGUACGAUAAAUCUUUCAAACAUUCCAGCGUUAAUUAUCUACAAUGCAAUUAUUUGUAU